CGUAUAUAUAGAUGCGCGGCCCGUGCUGCGGCGGAUCGCUCAGUCGCGUUGGCGGCGGAUGGCCCUGCCGGUCUCGCGGCGGCGGCGCGCGACACCACCUCCGCCCAACUGUCUGCCCCCUCCUGCGGUAGCGCCGUCCCCGCCCAACUGUCUGUCCCGUCCCGCGCCCCCAAACCCGUGCCAGGAUCAUGUGGCUGAGCCUCCAUCCGCACGGACGCAGCCGCAACCGUCUGUCUCGUACUUGAGCAUCUUGCUCGGCACUACAACACUCAAGGACACUGCCACUUCCUCAUCCUCCCCACAGGCUGUAGCUGAGACCCCGCCACCCAAGCCAACCAUUUAUGUCAAAGACCCUCCUGAUUGGUACUUCAGUAUUUACAUCAGGAUCGAUCGUUCAGGAUCUUUCCACACAUAUCCUCAUCUCGGUGGACCAUUCAAGAGCUUGCAGGAUGUUGAAAAGGCUAUUGAGCGCUAUCUUGAUGACAAGCGGCAUAAAACGCUGUGGAACGAGCAAGCAGGGGAUUCUGGGAUGGACAUCAUUAUAAAAAGGACCAAUCUAGCUGGCGGCCGGGCGCUAGGUACCGCUCGCGAGCGGCCGGCCCCUGUUUGAGACGUCUAGUCACUGCCGCAUAUUAAAAACGCCAGGUAGAGUUUGGGAGCGGCCGGUGGAAAAGGUAAAUACGUGGUCCGUUGUACACUAAAGGGAGUUGACCAUCUAGUUUGCUUUUUAAUUUUUGUUUCUUAAAAAAGCCAUAACUUUUGAACCAAAUAUCGAAAUUAAGAUCCGCUUUCACCACUGAAAUCCUCGCGAUGUGCUCUUCGAAACUAGAUCCCGCAUGGAUAUGU